GCCUCAACCGCAAUGCCAAAGGGCCAAACACAAUCCUCUCUCUCACUCCUCCCUCCCUCCCCCAACUCUGCGGCGUUCCUCUUCCGCCAUGCCAAGAAUCCACAUCCCCGUUAUGAACGUCGGAACUUCGGUUAAUCCUCCACAAAUCUCAGCUGGCAGCCCUAUGGAGGAGGGUGGUCGGUACAAAUCUCCACCGGCAGCACACAAAUGUAUAUACCAUCUCCUCAACAUCCUAGGAGUUCUCCUCCAGGUGAAGCUUGCGACCGGAAAUUUACCGUCUCCAUUUGUCACAGACCACAACACUGUUGUGAUGUUGAUUGCUGUUUUACUCACUUACGCGGGGACAUUGCAGACUGCCAACAUUCUCCAAGCUUCCAACAAUACAAAUAUAUACGAACUGAUGAACAACAUCAGCCUCUUGUGUGGAACUCUUGCGUUGGUUCUACUGGUGCUCCUCCUCGUUCCAGCUUUCGGUUGGUUUACUCUUGCAUGUUGGGCCUUAUAUUUUGUGAUAAUCGCGACCAAGUCCUUCCAAAUCCUAAGAGGACUCUGUACUGCAGCUGUUGGUUAUGUCAGUGAAAAAUACCAAACCUUAAUAAGACUCUGUACUGCAGCUGUCGGUUAUGUCUGUUACAAAAUUGAGGAGCUGAUGAUGAGUUUGAAUACUCCCACUGAUCAUACUCGCAACAUUCAAACUCACAACCAAAUACGCGCUUCUUAGCUCUGCCGCUUGGUGCCCAGAUAGCAACUUGAGCGGCUCGAUCAAGAUUUCUGCCCCUGUUUCUCUUCACUUUUGAGGUUUACGCCUCAUUCGCUUUAAACUCGUUGAAAUUAUUGGCUUGUGUGUGCUUCUGUUAUGAAUUGCGUUUUGGUGCUUUGGGUUUUGUUUGUAUUUUUGUGGGUGGCUUUUGGGUUUUUAUGUAAGGCUGUGUUUGUUAUGGAUUUGGGAUUCUAAUUUUGCAGUGUUCA